GAAAACCUAUACAUACAUAAAUAAAUACGUAUAUAUACAUACAAUCCAAACACACUCUAUCAAAUCGAUCCAUUUCCAUAUUCCAAUCAAACCCACAACCCUCCCAUCAUGAUUUACCUCUUUUUUACCGUUUUAUUCAUUGAAAUGAUGACAAUUUUGUUACUAUUAUUCAAAACCCCACUUCGAAAACUAUUGAUUAUCGGUUUAGAUCGUGCCAAAAGAGGCAGAGCACCGUUAGUCUUUAAAUCCGUUGGUGCAACUGUUCUCGUCAUCAUGAUGUAUAACGUUUAUAGUGUUACUGAAAUCCAAAGCAGGCCAGCUGACGUCAUCAAUCCCACAGAUCAGAUUCUGCUUGCUUAUCAUAUGCUGGAUGCUUCCCUUAUGGGAUUCUCUCUUUUCCUUUCACUGAUGAUAGACAGACUACAUCAUUACAUAAGGGAACUUCGCAUACUUAGAAAGACCAUGGAAAAUGCAAAGAAGCAGAACCGAGCUGCUGAAGAAACGAAGAACAAAGGUGCAGAUGAGGUUAAAGUUCUGAACGAUGAAUUGACUAAGCUGAGAGAACAUGCUAAAAAGUUGGAAUCUGAAUAUGAAACAAAGGAGAAAGAGAUUAAAUCUGCAGAAGCCAAUUCUGUUGCCCUCAAAAAUCAAUCAGAAGGUUUUCUUCUUGAAUAUGACCGUCUUCUAGCAGAGAACCAAAAUCUUAGAGAUCAACUACGCUCGAUUGAUGAAAGUGUGUCCCAUUCCAAUGGAAAGAAGAAUACGUGAGGUAACAAUACGUGCCAGAAAAGGAGAUAUGAAUUAACAUGUUACUGUAGAUCAUGUGGAUUUUAAUAUUUGGCAACUUCACAUUAUGGAUUUUUGGCAAAGUGUUCUGUUAUAUACAUGUGUCAUUACCUCUCCUUAAAAAGAAUAGUUUCAUCUA